AUGCUCUCCCUGUUUGGAAUCAGUGUUAUUGCUAUUCUGACUGGAAUUGCUGCUGCGGAGUCUCACAAGGUCACGCUGAGAAACAACUGCGGAUCAGGAAACGCCGUGUUUCUCUACCAGGGCCAUCCAACUCCCCAGGGUUCCACCACUAUUCAAGGUCAACUCCUUGGCGGGAUCGCCUGGGUCUCUGGCUUAUCCGGACACAACUGUGAAAACUCCGGUGUCAACUGCGGGGCGGUCGAGUUCACUUUGGUGAACCCGAACAGCGGACCAAACACCCAGAAUGCAGCAGACUUCACGCUUGAGGCACAACCUGAGAACGGGAACCAUCAGUUCACGUACAAGAUGGCUUUCAACUUCGAGGGAUGCAGUGGAAGCGCCACAUGUAAUAGUCCCAGUGACUGCCCGGGCGCUUUCACCAACCCGACUAAUGGGCAUCCUGUGCAGUGCACCGCUAGCAAUGUUGGGAUUGAUAUCACCUUCUGCUGA